AUUAUUAUUAUUAUUAUUGUAACGGAUACAACCAUUUCUUUCUCAUUAGUUGGGGCACUUGUGAUGAAUGAAACUCGCCUACACGCUGAGCUCUUCCAAGGUUACAACAAACAAGCACAUCCCAAACUACCCGGGACAGGACCUGUGAUAAUCAUUUUUGAUUUUCAACUUAUUCGGAUUCUUGAUGUGGUAAGAAUUCGAUCGUGCAAUAAGAGUACGUGUGAUUGGCGGUUUUUUAGAAAAAUGCGAUGAAAGAUUGUAACAAUUCUGUGCACUGGGAUUUUUUUGUGGCUGUCAUACUGCAAACAAAAUGUGACAAUCUAGUUAAGGAAGGUAAAAUACUUAAGAUGGUCAUUUUAGGGGAAGACCCUUCUCAAUUCUGCUUCUAUGAACGUACGCAAAAUUGCGGGAAAAUUUGUCUCGCUACAAUUGAAGCUUUUUAAACUUCAAAGGGGCAAAACAGGUACCGGGGUAAGAUUUUGCAAGAGAUUCAUAAACCUUCGUGCUGUAUAGCACGUCCCAGCAACGUGGAUACUGAAUAGGAUCUCUAAGAUACCAAUGGAACUAUAGUAAGUGUAUAACAGAGCUAUGAUUUUGAAUUUACAGAGCGCAAAGAAACAGCACAUCACAACAUACGCGUGGGUUAAUCAGGUAUGUUAAUCAAAUUCAGUUGUUAGAGACAUACUGUGAUCGAAAGGGGUUAACAUUGAUAACAUCUGUCCCUUUUUGGCAUCUAUUGACUAUACAUAUCACAAUAAAAGCCGCUGAUCAGGAAGUGCGAACAACAAAAAUCCUGAGUAAAGACGGCCGUGGAAGAAGCGUUGGACGUGUUUAGAAACCUUAUGAGAGUGUUUUAAAGUGUUUUUACGUAGCCUAGUAUGUCCCAGUUAUUCAGACCCAAUAAGCAAAUUAAUGAACUUUGAAUUAUCAAAAACAAACAACAACAAGGAACAAACAAAUUGAUAAAUCGUUUUCUAACCGUUGGCACUGAUCGCGGGUUUAGGACCCGGAGCUGCGUGUCCUGUUUUGUGUCAAAAGGCUGUGAUUGUUUCAUAACGUUUAUCGCGACUAAGCAGCUUAUAACAAACAACGAUUUCACAAAGUAUGUACACAUAGGAAGUAUAGGCUGAUAUGGGCCAACGUUAGAACAGCUUAGAGCUUAGACUGAUAUUCUUCACUUAAUUAAUUAAAUUGUUCACUUACAGUUUGGGCCACCAAAAAUAGUUCUAUACUAAGUUAAUUGAAGUUAUUAUGUUUUCCUAUUUUCGUUUUUAAACUUGGGCCUUCUGAUAGGCAAUUUUUAUUGCUACAUCGAUGAAAAUGUGAGUUUGGCAAUGAAGAAAACGCAAACUGAAAUGCGUAUUGGAGCUUAUUGGAUUUUUCUUUAUAGUACUGGGAUAACGACUUACUGAAAUGGGACCCGAGAGAUUAUGGUGGAGUGAAAGAAAUUCAUAUAGCACCUGAAAGCAUUUGGGUUCCGGACACGCUAUUGUACAACAAGUAAGACAUUUUUUUGUUUUUGAGUAGUGGAUAUGACUUCAUACUUGGGAGAUGUGCGUGUAAUAUCAAUAUCCAUACAAACGUCGAAGCUUAUCCUCCCCGGCAUGUCGGAGGAGAGGGAGAAUGGGUAUGUAAUCGUGUUUAAGUGAGACUCUUUCGCCUGGGGCUAAUCCAUGCUGAGUGAGUUCAUGGCUUUUACUGCCAGGUGAUAUGGUUGUGGGAAUGGGUAAGGUACUGGUCAUACCGAGGCGUACCGAGGAUUGCGUGCAUCUUGCUUUUGUAUAUAGGCUGUUGUUUCAUUGAUUAAAAAUCCAAGGCACAAACUCCAACACCAUUCCCUCGGUAUGCCCUUACGCAUUAGCACAUUCAUAUCACCCCAGCAGCUGCAUUGAUGCACAGCUGUUUUAGAGGGAUAAUGAUUUCUUCUCCUGAGGCAGGAUGAAUUUCGUCGCAUUACACAACCAGAAAUCUGGUAUCUUUUGAAUGAGCAAGUGUUAAUAGUUAUGAAUAGGCAAUCAUACUAAGGGCAGACAUUAACCAAUCAUUUAUUAUUUUCGAUUAUUUACUUUGUAAGUUUGUACCCGUCCAUGAAGCUGGCCAAUUUCUCUCGGUGACGCCCUCGUUUUCCAUCAUGUAGCAUUAGAGGCCACGAGUGACAGGCGCUCCAAAUGAACGCGCACGAGGAGAAGAAGACAUGCACUGUUCGAAUUGUGUCUUGCUCGAUGUUACCCUUACCAGUGUCAUAUCGAUCAGCUGUCUUGUAUCUAUUUCCUCUUGAAACUCCCUUUCUUUCUUUUUCUGUAUUUUUGUGACAGUAUCGACGAAGAGGAUCGAAUGGGAGGAGGAAGGACAACAUACACCAAUAACGUGGCCCUGCAAUACGAUGGCAGAUGCACAUGGUUAAACCCAGCCAUGUUUAGGAGCAUCUGUAGUGUGGAUGUUACCAACUUUCCUUUCGAUGAUCAGGAAUGUGAGUUGAAAUUUGGUUCGUGGGCUUUCGAUGGAUCCAAGAUUGAUAUGACUGUCAACAACGAUACUGUUGCCAACAGAUAUUACAUCAAGAACGGUGAAUGGGAGAUGCUGAAUCUUUCUGUGAAGCGAAACUCACUGAAAUACCAGUGCUGCCCGCACGAGUUCGUGGAUAUAACAAUCACGGUGAAAAUUAGACGCGAAUCACUGGAUUACAUACUAAAGUUGCUCAUUCCUUGCUCGCUGAUCUCGUCCAUGAUAUUCCUUGGUUUUGUGCUGCCUCCUGAGUCCGGUGAACGAAUAGGAUUGAGUAUCACAGUUCUGUUAGCAAUGACAGUAUUUCAACAACUCAGCUCUGAGUUGAUGCCGUCGUAUGGCUUUCCCCUUCUUGGACAGUUCUACUUUGCGAUAAUGCUGGAGAUAGGUGCUUCUUUGGCCGUCACCACGCUUAUUCUAAAUUUUUACCAUCGCAACAGGCGACGCAUGCCCAAGACAAUGCGGAAGGUCAUCCUGCACUGGCUUGCACGCAUUUUAUUUCCGUGUCAAAAGCCAAAGGAUUGGAGCGAAGUUAGAAGGCAAAGUAAUGCCUUGAGAAGAACCGUGGAUAGUAUUGAUGUGGAAAGUAAGGGGCAGGUAAGCUGCAGCGGGUCCGAGGAGUCUUGCGGCGAUGACCAGCUUGAAUGUCAAACAGGGAAGUUCCCUCGACACGAUGAACGGAUGCACACAUGGGUCGUUCAGGACUCAGGGAAGGUAGACACUAUUUCAACAAAUGGCGGCCCUUCAAAUAGGUUUCGCUCCUUUUGCAACCUUGGAGCCUCACCUACAAACAAUUGUAAACAAAACGGCGGCUACAAGAAAGAACCAAAAGGGUUUAAAAGCAACAGAAACUUCAGACGGAGCGGGGCCAAGAAGGCUAGCAAAAAGAAGCGCCCGUCAAACGCCAGCAUUUUUACAAGACAGCUAACAAUAGACUCGAUGUCCGCGCCAUUUGGAGGCAAUAUGCUCGACUGGACUGAAGAGAAGUUGAAGAAUCAAAAAGAGUGGAUCAAAGCUGCACGUGUUUUAGACAGGCUCUUUUUAAUUCUUUCUAUUGUUGUUACCAUGGUGACGCUACUCACUAUUUUUUUGCGAGCUCCCAGAUUCCGUCUCUAA